AUGGCAGUGAAGUUCCAGAGCUCUUGUCAGAAGCCGUCUUCCAAGAAGAAAGGUGGUGCUCCUCCUCCUUCUGCUCCAAGCAUCAGAGGAUGGAGGAGCCUAAGGGAUUCACAGGAUCAUUCAGCUCUUCAUAUUUGUAUUUUUCUGGCUAGAUUUGAUGUGUCAGCGAUUUAUCCAAAUUUCAAGAGACCAAGUACUUACCUGCAGGCCCCAUACUCCAAAACUGUCUGCUCAGACUUGAACCGAAAAUUAGGACCAGGCACCUACAGUAUUGACUAUGGAGGCUUCAGUUCUAGUCAUCUGAAUAAGAAGAUGUCGAGCUCUAGUUGGGCAAAAGCCCAGGAGGCAACAAGGCUCACCAAAAUGCCACAUUUCAAUUUUAAGGAAAUAUGCAGCAGGGGGAAAGCUCUGAAAGCAAAGCUGGGUCCUGGGACUUAUGAGUACUCAGAUUUUCUACAACUCCAAGAGAAACGCCCACACAGCAUUAGAGGAAUAUGUGACACCGGAGCAGUGAGAUUUAAAGACCGCAUCAGGGAAUGUUAUCCUGGCCCAGGAACCUAUGGAAAUCCUUAUGCUGCCCUGAAUGAAAAGGAAAAACGCUCUGUGACUGCACUUGGAAUAAUGGACAGUAAAACUUCAAAAUGCUUUGCUUUUCCCAAUGUGGGAAGUGGUUUGGGACCUGGCACCUACAAUAUCAAAAACGGGGUGGAUGAGAUGCUGAAACGCGUGGUCAGCUUAAAAGGCCCUUAUGAAAUCUUCACAGGAGACAGGUCAAAGCCUAUUCCCUAUGGGCAUUACGCUACUGAUAAAAAGUCCACCGAGCUGAGUGGCGCCACACUGAAGAGCUUCCUGGAAGAACUAGAAUCAAAGGAUAAAAGGAAGCACGGCACUUUCGGCCAUCUUGUUUGGAAUCCCCUGUGCCCCUCCGAUCGGAUCUUCUGGGCCACAGUCAGUCAGUGUCCACGUGAACAAUUCUUGACAGGGCCAGGCUCAUACGACAUAAAGCCCAUCAAGAGAAAAGAGUAUGAAAAUCAGCCACCGUUCUGGAUUGGUGCAAAAAGAUUUGACAGGAAAUCGUACCGUCUGUUUAUUGGAAAUACUAACCCAGUUGGAGUUGGCCGCUAUGAUACUAUGAAACAUGAGAAAUACCGAAAGAAGAUCAGAUACCGUUCGCUUUAUAUGCAUGAUACACAGCGUUACCUUACUAACCUGGAGAGGGACAAGUGCUUACAGUAA